ACGAUGCAGAAUUAGAUUUCUUUGAGUUCCUCGAAAAGAUACAGAGUGAUAGAUUAGAUGAGCAGAGAUGUUCAUUACCCGUCGUACUCCAGCCUUCUUUCAGUUCACCCUCUCCAAAACCAAAGGUUAAAGCAAAAAAAUCAAAUACAGAUAAGAUCAAAGAGUUAUUAAAGAAAGAGGGACCCUACCCGUCCAUAGUCCAGCCGACUGAUAGAGGCUACUGGCUCGAUGGAUCAAUCACCCUCAAUGCAGAUGACACCAGGUCAGAGAAAGAUGUCGAUACGAGCCUCGACGAAGAAGCCUGCAGCAUGGUCACGUCAUCAUCGCUCAACGGAAGUUUGUCGGCAGUUGGGGAUAUCUCGCCAUCACCGUCGUGCUCAUCAAUUCCAUUUCCUCUUCAGUUGGAGUUUGAUGAUAGCAAUCAGAUGUAUAGAAAAUACUUCCUUGGAAAGGAGCAUUUUAACUACUUUGCGCAAGAUGAGGACCUUGGUCCAUUGGUGUUGUCAGUGAAGCAUGAAACGAUAGGCACUGAGGAUGCAUUGAGAGUGGUACUCAGGUCUAAAGCCGGUACUAUCCAUGAUCUUCUCGCUGUCUCAACGCUUGGAGACUCACCGAUACCGGCAAGAAUCGCAAAGACGCUGUGUGACAGUAUUACAACAGAAAGAUAUCAACCAGUACUUUUUCCAAAGGGUUCCGAGCUGAUUGUAAGCUACGAUGAACACUCCUUCGUCAACAAGUUUAAGUUUGGUAUAGUCUACCAGUGCUUUGGCCAAUCAACGGAGGAGGAGAUGUUUGGUAAUAGGAACUCAAGCCCCGCCCUCGAUGAGUUCCUAGAGAUGCUAGGAGAUAAGGUGGAGCUCAAAAAUUUCUCAGGUUUUCGAGGAGGUCUAGAUGUAAAUCACGGCCAAACCGGCACUCAUUCCAUUUAUUGCAAGUACCACAAUAAUGAAAUCAUGUUCCAUGUUUCCACCAUGCUUCCCUAUACAGAAGGAGAUGCACAACAGCUCCAAAGGAAGAGACACAUUGGUAACGACAUUGUAGCGAUCAUCUUCCAGGAGGAGAAUACGCCAUUCAUUCCUGAUAUGAUUGCAUCAAACUUCCUUCAUGCGUACAUCGUCGUACAAGCCAUCCAGGCUAACUCAGAAGAAACCAAAUAUAAGGUAACGAUAACAGCAAGGAACAAUGUUCCACCCUUCGGUCCAAUCUUGCCAGCUCCUUCAAUCUACAAGAAAGGUUCUGAACUGAAGGAGUUCUUACUCUGUAAGCUUCUCAAUGCAGAACACUCCUGUUACAAGGCUCAGAAGUUUGCCAGUAUCCAAGCUAGAACAAGAAGUGCUUUACUAGAUCAUCUCUACCAUGAUCUCAUGUCAAAGAAUGAAGACAUCUUUUGUGCUGUAGCAGGAGAUGACAUCAUCUCACCUCUCCAGUCGAGUCAGGGUAAGGGAGACUAUUCACCGGGAGGUAACAGCAGACUACUCAAGAGCUUCAAGAACGCCUUUAGAGGGCGCACUACAUCUCUGGAGAGCACAGGGUCAUCAGGGACGCUACCCAAGAAUGUCAAUGGGAAUACAUUGUUUGCCGGAACGGAGGGGUUGUCAAGGCCGCCUGUAGAUCAAGCUGAUAGCACAAGCCCAGCUACUAAGCAGAGAUCAAACAGCAGGUCAUCACAAAGAUCGGUCCAAAGCUUUGGAAGCGCAGACAAGAAAGAACCAAAGAAAAAAAGGGACAGUGUCCUCAGUCGAUCCUCCCAUUCAUCAGAGAGUAUUAACGGUAGCCAAGAGUCUCAUAAGUCUUCCUCUAACUCACUCAACAGUUCACCUGAUAUCAAUGCUAGCUCACAACAACAAAGGAUAUACACCAGAGUAUCACCUAGUAAUUCAUUGGAUAGCUUCAAUAGUGAUGAAGAUGCCCAGCUACACCACGAGUCACAUGAUCACCAUGACGAUUCAGAUACAGGAAUGGGGAGUAUGUCAUCAAGCAACAAGCCCAGUCCAAUGAAUCCAUGUAUUUGUCCCGAAGGCAAAUGCUCAGCUGCUGCUGAUAUUGAAGCGAACUUAGGUCAGCAGCUAGAAGCUAUGAGGCAAGAGAUCAUGAGAUUAUCAACAGAAAAGAAAGAACUCUUACAACAAAAUGUGACUUGGCAACAAGAUCUAAAGAAGCUAAAGGAACGAGAACUGAAGCACAUGGCUGAGCUUACGGUGGCAAACAAAGAGCUUCAUAGAAUUAAAGAUCACCAUCGUAAGGUGGAAGACAGACUUCAGAAGUCACUCUCAACAGAUGCAUCCAACUGCUGAAGAGCUGUUCCUUCAGCUGCACAGACAUUGCAGAAGAGCGAUGUCCUCAAUGCUCAAAGGCACAUUUCUAGAUGUUGAUGUAGGUGUGACAUCAGGAACUCUUUACAUUGGAAAAUCCUAUAGAUUUGAACAGUUCUGAUGGAAGUAUGUCACGAACACAUCUGCAGUUGGGGGAUCAUUGUCCAAGAAACUUGUGCUGUCAUCUUAGAAUGUUGAAUGCAAGGGUGAGAGUCAUGGAUAUGACUGUUCUGCUAUUGUAUCGUCACCAUGCAGUUAUGAAACUGAUUCUGAUGCUCAGACAACAGCGCUACUUCAGAUACCUUGUACCAGCUUAGGUCCGAAGUAGUUUGCUACAUUGCUAUUGAGGGCACUGUCAGAGGAAGAAGUCAUCUGGUGAUAGAUGAUGGAAAAAGACGGAUUAAAGCUUUGAUUGGAAUCUGCCUUGAAUGAGAAUGCCUUGAGGAACCCGACCUUGGUGCGAAGAAAUAAUUGUCCUUGACCGGUGUUAAAUUCAGAGUUUGGAAUAUUUCACUGACACCAGAUAGGAGUGUGCUGUGUGAUUUCAUUACAAGGAAAAGAUACACUUAUGACUUUGAUUCCUUGAGAAUUAUUUAUUGAAAUUAGAAUUAUUUUGGUGAUUGUAUGAAUAUGUUUGUGUACUGAGGAUGCAGAUUACCUUUGCUUGUGUUGAUUGAAUCAACCUCUUGCCAAAUCAAUUAACCUGAUCAUUACUAAAGUUUCACAUUGUAAUGGGUGUAUUGCACGGCUCAACAGCUUCUGUAAGCCUACAAAUUGUUACAUAAAGCCAGGUAAGAAGUAGCCAUUGAAAUAACACAAGGAAUUACACUAUUGUGAUUUUUUUUUAGUGUUUUUGUACGAAGCAUACAGUGCUUAAAGAAGUGACUACUUUGUUGUGGUAUAUUGUAAUAAGUUUCGUACCAAAGAUUCUCCAAACCGCCUACGUGAGCUGUUUCAGGUUCUUGUCAGAAGUUCAGAAAUAAUGAAGGAAGUUGCUUUUAAGAAAAGUUGUGUAGUAGAAUAAAGUGAGGUAUUACUGCAGGUCGCAUUUAUCUACGAAGCAGCCGAUUUCAGAGUAUACAUUGACAUUUGAGUUUAGCAUACCAGAAGCUCACAAACCUGUAGUCAAUCAUUGCAUUUAUGUAUGAAAAUCAGUUAUUCUUCUUCAAUAAUUUGAAGAAAGUAAUUUAAUGCAUUAUACUUAGUGCUUAGAUUCUUUGUUAGAUGGUAGGUCUAGGUUAUCAUAAAUAAAGUUACAUGAGAAAAACCUUUCAUCAAAGCUCCCUGAGUUUAUCAUCUUGUAAAAAAAUAACAACAGUUCUUACAAAACAUACUUGCAUUGGUUUAAUUGUCUUGUGUUCAAAACACAAUAUACUGAUCCCACUCUUUCUUAUGAAGGCUUGCUCUUCUACCAACUGAAUGGCUGUGGAAUAUAACUCCUGGCGAAUUAUGAUGAUCUUUCCCUUUUUUUUUCUAAAAAGACUUUCAAUCGUCAAUACUUUCUCAAAAUUUGCAGGGAAUAGUCUUUUAUUUUUUGAUGGGAAACAAUGAAUUAUUCUCAUUUGAACAUAUGACCAGUACAUGCAAACAUUGUGUGAAAUUAUUUUUGUAGAGAGAGAAGUUUCAGAUCAUAGUGAGCUUGGAUCGGUCAGAGAUAGCCUUGGUUUCUAUUAAUCCGCUUGUAUGAUACUUGCAUCAAUGUACAUAACUAAACAGAUUGUAUAUACCAUGAAAAUAUGUAAAGAAUUAUUGUGAUAAUUAAAUGCCAUAGGGUCCUUAUGUGGUAUAUGUACAUUUUUUCCAUGUUUUGUCGGUUUUUUGGUAAUCUUGUUGAUUUGAAAUAUGUUUUAAUACAUCGAGUAUGUUUAGUCAUAUUCUGUAAAAAAAAAAUAAAGAGCGUUUCAGUUGGUUGUGAUAUGCAAUGUAACAUACAAAAUCUUAUGAAGUUAUAUAUAUUUAUCAUCAUCCUUGCCCAUUGUAGUUAAUUUUGGUUUUUAUUUAUCUAUCUUGAUAUCAUUUUUUUUAUCAUCUCUAAAGUGAAUAGAGUGAGAAUUUUCAAUCAGGGAUUAAAAUGGGAUAUUUUUACUCUCGCUUUAAUUUCCCACUUUAAAUGCAUGUAUAGAUGAAUAUAUCCCUCCUGUUUUCCACAGAGACCAUUAUUUAUUAGACAAUAUUUAUUGGUGGUAACUGUCUCAUUCUGUUAUAUAUUAGAGUGAGAAGGGGAGAACAUGGUGAAAAUUUUGAAAAUUGUUCUUUUCUCGAUGUUGGGCGAGUCCCAGACAUUUUUCAUUAUUUAUUAUUCUUGGUAAAAAUUGAAUGAGUGCAAUUGUGGGAUUGGAAUGAUUUCUUCUUUUAUUUGACCUUUGUAUAGACAAUAUCUUUGCAAUAAUGUUUUAUUCAAUCUUUACAUAAACUUAAAUUGCCACCCAUUUUUAAAUUUCAAGGUAAAUUAUGCCUGGUAAGUCAAAGAAAUGAAUUGAUAAUUAAUGAAUAACUUUUCUAACUGUGGCUUGACUCGCGCGAGUAAGAAAAUUUCCCCUCAUACUUCUUCAAAUAACCCAGUGGCAUCUUACCUGAAGGAUAGCGACAUUUUUUUCAUUCAUAGUAAAAAAAAAGUUAUUUUCAUUAUCUUAACAAAGUGUAUUAAGUUCCAAGGCAGAAAUGAACAACAUUUUUAAUUUCAUCCAAGAAAAUAUUUUAGAGAAAGCACAACGUAAUUAUAUGAAGAUCCAUUUCACAGUCAAACGCGACAAUUUGACAAUGUUUAAUCCGUUCAUAAGUUAUGAAGGUAUUUUUUGUACGUGAGACCUGCAACUUUUUCCAAUCAGUUGCCUAAAGGCCACCUUACCUGCUUUUUGCAUUCUUUCUGGCAUUUUUAUUUUAAUUUUUAACUAUGACAAUGCUAAUAUUGCAAUUAAGAUUAUUGCAUGCCUUUAAAUUCGGAGUAAAGUGUAAUAUGUUUUCAAAGCUAAGCCAUUUUUUUUUUACAGAGGAUCAUAAUAGUCACAAUAUUUUGUUUAUUAUUCACUUUAAGAUCAUUCAGAACCUUGGUCAGUAGGAUGUUGCAUUUUCCAAUAUAUCACAUAAAAUUUUGUAUUGUUCUAUUCCAAAAUUUGGUUGCAGACCAGUGUGUAAAAUGUGUAGUAGCAGUAAGAGAAUAAUUCCAAGUCAUGAAUACCCAUGUUUGCUGAACUCUUUUUUUGCAUCUUUUCUUGAGCCCCCCCCCCCCCCCCCCCCCCCUCCUAUCCAUUUCAUUUAUGAGCUAUGUUGUUACAAUCAACAGAUGUCUAUAUAGUAGUGAGUCUGAUAGAUAAUCUUACAAUUCCAGACAAAUUUAUUUCCAUUUUACAAGGGACAAGGACAUUUGGAGUUGGCUAGAACUUGAUUUCCUAGCAAAUCAAAAUGAUGGAGAAUUAUUUUUUUUUAGAUGACUGUUCAAUGUUUGACUUGUUUUAUUUUUUAUUAUUUAAAAUAACUCUUAUGUUUCCUAGACAUGAUCUUUUUGCCGAAAAUAUGAUUUAUAAGUAAAGAAGUACAGAACUAAAAGGUUUGAUUCUAAUGCAAGGGAUGGGGUUUCACAAAACUUUUUGUAACUCUACGCACAACUGGUGACUCUUUCUUGGGUGCUGAUACACACUUCCAUUCAAAUCGAAUAUAUUUAAUUUACAAAUAUUGGAAUUUAAAUUUAUGUUGAUCAAAAAUCCAAUCUUUGUGAAGUAAACUCAUUUUUAACAACCAUUUUAAUCCAACUUUUGAUGUUUUUCAUGAUUUGAUAGAAGGCUGCUUGAAUAAAAAAAAACAGAUCGUUUUAGGCCUCACACAAAAAGAGUCAGCAGUUGUGUGUUACUUACAAACUGCAUCAUGAAGCAACCCCUGGUCAUUUUAAUGUUACUUGAAUUGAAACAAAUGGCUCCUAAGAACCAAUUAACAUAUUGGGCUACAUUCAGAAAGGUGUACGAAGUUGAAACAUGGUUUGAAACUGAAUUUAAAUGAAAUGAAUUUAAUCUAACUAAAUAUAAAGGGUUUUUAUGAAAUAUUUCAUGUGGCAGACAAAUGCCAGAAUUAGUUCAAUUUACAAUGGCAAUACGUAUAUACAAAUGUGGUUUAGAAAAGUAAACUGUAAAAUACAAAUAUAUGAACUACAACACAACUCAUGAAGAAAACGAUUUAAAUCAUUAAUAGCUAAAAUCAGAAAUCUACCAUAUUUCUUUUGAUUAAUCUUUGCUCAAACCUUCUAGCCUCCAAGCAAGUCAGUUUUCUUGCAAUUUUCCAUUCCAUCAAUGCAUCCAAUUUUCUCUUGCUAUUCGCAAUUAUUCAUUUAGUCUCUUAUUUAUUUCCAUGUUAGAUUAUUUUCGUGAAUCAACUUGAAGCAUUGUUGCUUUGAAAUUCCUCGGUAGAUUACAGGGAUAAAAUCCAGUAUGAGCCAAAAGGCGUUGGAUGAAGAAAAAAAAAGCCAUAUACUUUGCAUAUUUGUAUGGGACUGAUACCAAGGCCGAUUAAAAGCCGGCCUUUUGCCAUUCCCAAUAGACCGUAAUAUUACAUGAUGAUUGUAGCUGACUAGAAAUCAGACUUGCAGUGAUUUUCUUUUUUACGAUUUAUAUAUUUGUUCACGUCUUAACGGGGCCUAGAUGAAGGCUGAAAUUAGUUUUAAUAUUCAAAGCACCUUUUUGUCUUAGAAAUACAAUGUCCAUUUUGACUUUUUGAAAGUUCAAGAUUUCAUAGUUUUGUUAUUAUUUUCUCAAGUAAAAUUGGAAAUAAAAUAUAUGUCAUAUGCGCAAUA